GGCCGGCCCAAGGAGCUCAGCUUCGCCCGCAUCAAGGCCGUGGAGUGCGUGGAGAGCACAGGGCGCCACAUCUACUUCACGCUGGUGACGGAGGGCGGGGGCGAGAUCGACUUCCGCUGCCCCCUCGAAGACCCCGGCUGGAACGCCCAGAUUACCCUGGGCCUGGUCAAGUUCAAAAACCAGCAAGCCAUCCAGACCGUGCGGGCCCGGCAGAGCCUGGGGACCGGGACCCUCGUGUCCUAAAGCGCCAGGCGAUCCGUCUUGCCUUCAUGCUCCCCACUACCGCAGUGCCCAGAGGUCAUGCCAGUUUUUCUGCCCCCUGGCAUGGCUGUGCUCCACGUGGCAAGGCAGAAGCCAUGGACUUGUGGAGGAGGCUACAGAGCUGAAGGAACACAUGGGGCCCGGGGAGGAGGACAGAGGGCCCUGCAGGGCUGAGGAUGAAGAUUCAGCCUGGACACUCUCAGACUCUUGGGACAUACAAGGUCUCCAGCCACAGGCCUGGCCUCAUGUACCGUGAUGGAGAACUGGCAUCCAAGCCCCUUUCUGCAGACCGCCAUCCGCCCCCGGCUUAUGCGGUGCCUGGAGGAAGGCAGUCCCCUGUGGGCUGCAAAGCCAAUGCUGGAGGACUCAGGAGGUCAGCCUAGUACCCAGAGGAGGAAGCACCCUGGGUCAGCCUCUGGACUCACCUUGGAGAAGGGCCAAGGCCCACCUCGGGGGUCUCCUGCUGCUUAGGUCCUCUGGGACCCCCACCUCUCCAGGCCCUCUCUUUGCACACUUCUUCUCCCCCCUCCCACUUGUCUCCCCCGCUGUGGUGCUAGGCCUGGAGGGGGUGGGGGAGGGGUGGGGUUUGGCCAUUACCAUUUCAGCCUAUCCCAAAAUGAAGAUGCCCAGCAAAGGGCAAUAACCGCA